UCUGACGCCGAGGUUUUAUUGUUGCGUUUCUGAGGCGCGAGCUGACAAUGUGUGUGGUGGCCGCGCCCCCUUUCUUGUUGCAUGGCAACAACAAACAAUUGUACUGCGGAAGGAGUACCCAAAGGAGUUGGUGCUGGGCGGAGUCAGAGCAGCUCUUGAGGUUCAGGGAGGCGGGGAAGACCUGGUCCCACGCUUGCUGAGACAGAAGUCACAGCAGGAUUAUGCCCCUCAGGGCAAGAGGAAGAGUUCAGAAACUGCCGCCGUAACCCAAGAACAAAGUUGCAUGCAGAGCCAACCUAGGAGCUUCAAAAUCGGGAUUCCUUACUGAGAAAGGCCAGGGCCUUAGCAAUCCAAGAAGCUUAAAAUGUCUGCUGAAUCUUCCCCUUCAGUGACCUUAUACUGUGGUGGCAGGUGGAACCGUUGAUGUAUAGCAUAAACCAGUCAACAGAUCUCAGGGAAGCAGCAGCCAUUGAGGCUAAAAGAAAUCGAGAAAAAGAGCGACAAAACCGAUUCUUCAAUGUGCGGCACCGAGUCAUGGGGGUGGAUGUCCAGGCCCUAAACAGCCAGGUGGCAGAGCGAAAGCGUCGGGAAGCAGCAGAAAAAAGCAAGGAGGCAGCCUAUGGUACCAGCCAGGUGCAGUAUGAUGUGGUAGUCCAGAUGUUAGAGAAGGAAGAGGCAGAACGAACACGUCGGCUGGCCAAGAAAGUCCAGGAUUUUCGGGAGCAGAAGCAGCAGCUCAAGAACGGGCGUGAAUUUAGUCUUUGGGAUCCAGACCAAGUCUGGAAGGGGCUUCCGACCUAUCUUAGUUACAAUAAUACCUAUCACGGUCCAUCCGGCCUGCAGUACUUCUCUGGGGAAGACCUAGACAGGGUCACACACCUGAGAAUGCAGCAGAGGCAGUUCAGGUACGGCUUGGAAAGGCAGCAGCAGGAGCAACAGCAAGCCAAGGUUGAUGAGAAUUAUGCAGAUGCGCUCAGUGACCAGCUGCGCCUCGCCAUGGACGCACAGGCCACCCAUCUGGCCAGGCUGAAGGAGUCCUGUCGCGUGGCCAUGAUGUGUGCCAUGGCCAACGCCAACAAAGCGCAGGCAGCUGCACAGUCUGGGCGUCAGCGCUGUGAGCGUCAGCGUGAACAGAAGGCCAAUCUUGCGGAGAUCAAGAACCAGAGCACGAGUGACCUACUGACUGAGAACCCCCAGGUCGCCCAACACCGUACAGCUCCCCACCGGGUCCUGCCCUAUUGCUGGAAGGGCAUGACUCCAGAGCAGCGAGCUGCCAUCAGGAAAGAGCAGGAAGUACAACGCUUUGAGAAGGAAGCACAACGUCAGGCUGAAAAAGCACUGGAUACUGAAUGGAAAAGCCAGACCAUGAGCACGGCCCAGGCAAUGCUGGAGCUAGAAGAGCAGGAGAGGGAAUUGUGUGCUCAGUUUCAGAGGGGUCUAGGCUCCUUCAACCAGCAGCUGGCUCAGGAGCAAAAAGCCCAGCAGGAUUACCUGAACUCAGUAAUCUACACCAAUCAACCUACAGCCCAGUAUCACCAACAGUUUAACACCAGCAGCCGCUAAGUUCAGGAUGUUUAUCUCUCCCUUUUCGUCCAUCAAGCUCACAAGUGGUCAGGAGUCAAAGAGAAAAAUGCUGCAUACACCCACCUUCUAACCUAGGUAAUAAACUUCUUCACUCAAAAUCAA